AUGCCGAUAAAGAAGCCUCCACCUGAGAAGUCCCUUCCGAAUGCGUUCCCCGAAUUCGACUUCGCUCUCAAGAGAGACACUGCGGAUGUUGAUUAUAUUCCCCGGAUAGAAGGCGGUUACUUCCGCGCAGGGCUUCACCGUCCAAUUCGCCCGUCGACCGGCCUUCCACCUUAUCAAUACUCCCCGCUCCCAAGCAGCAGUGAGUACGUCCGUUGCCUCGUUCUGCAACCUGGCCAAGAGGACGAUGAUGUCGUCAUCAGUCUAGAGCCCACCCGGCUGGAAGGCUCCGGUCACAAGAGCUGUGGUGAGAAUAAGACCGCCCCCUUUGAGGCCCUCUCGUAUACUUGGGGCACAUCCCGGCGGGAUCGUCCCAUCACCUGCGAGGGCGGCGAGAUAUUCGUCACACGCAGCCUGGACCUGGCCCUACGACGCUUACGCUGGUCGACGGGCCCGCCCAGGAGGCUCUGGGCUGACUCGAUUUGCAUUAACCAGGCUGAUCCGGAUGAGAAGGGGGCUCAAGUAGGGCUCAUGGGAGACAUAUACUCGCGCGCCGAGCGAGUCCUCAUUUACCUCGGCGCACACGAUUACAACCUCGCCAAAGAAGCCAUCUCGCUUAUUAGUGAUAUCAACACUACAAAGCUGCAUGAGAUGACUUCCAAAGACGGAGUAGCUAUCCCGUUCGCCCAGAAUGACGACCCCAUCAUCGCCGAUGAGCGUUGGAAGGCCUUCUCCCUCAUGCUGCGCCAGAUCUGGUUCACCCGCGGCUGGACCAUCCAGGAGGCGUGA